AUGUUCUCCUCUCGCAAAUACACGCCCCUCCCAACGAGCUCGGAGGGGCAUCGGAGAAAACGCCCCGGUGGCUUUGCCGUUUGGAAGCGGUAUAUUGCCAUUGGCGCGGUUGCCAUGCUUGUUAUUAUCAUCGGCUACUCGUCUCUCGGAGGGAACAAGGACGUGUCAGUAAACGAGGGGGGUUCAUACACCCCCGACUCGGCUUACGAGCAUGUUACGUCUGAGCUGGGCGACGACGAGGACUACUCGGCCCCGCCCAGCACAGCCAUUGACCAUAACGACGAGGACGAGCACGACUUGGGAGCCGGCACCGACAAGACGCCCUCUCAUACCCAGCCCCCAGUCUCGCCUACGGCUGAAGAGGAGGAAGUGGAGGAGGAAGCAGAACUGCCGGCCGCGGACGGCAAGCAGCACCCCACCUCUUUCGAGACCGACCCCGACGCAAUGUCCACGACUUACUGCUCCAAGGCCCACGGCACCAAGGCCCUCGUCCAGUACGCACUCACGAUCGACGCGGGUUCGACGGGCUCUCGCAUCCAUGUCUACAAAUUCCACAACUGCGGGCCAUCGCCCCAGCUCGAGUACGAGACCUUCAUGAUGCUCAACCCUGGGCUGUCGUCGUUCAAGGACGACCCGACUGCCGCGGCCGCAUCGCUUGAUCCGUUGAUGAAGGAGGCGUUACGCGUUGUGCCCCAGUCGCUGUGGAACUGUUCGCCCGUAGAGGUCAAGGCCACCGCCGGCCUGCGCCUGCUCGGUGAUAAGCAGUCGAACGCGAUCCUUGAAGAGGUCCGCAACCAUCUCGAGUCCAAGUACAAGUUCCCUGUGCCCAAGGGCGCCAUCGAGAUCAUGGAGGGCAAGGACGAGGGUGUCUACGCCUGGAUCACGGCCAACUACCUCCUCGGCAAGAUUGGUGAGGGCGUCCAGACAGCCGACACACUCGCUGUCAUGGACCUUGGUGGAGCGUCGACGCAGAUCGUCUUCGAGCCUGACUUUACCAAGUCGAGCGACGACUUCCACGAGGGCGACCACAAGUACGAGCUCCGUUUCAUGGGCAAGACCCACACCCUCUACCAGCACUCGUACCUGAACUACGGGCUGAUGCGCGCGCGCCGCAGCGUGCACAACCUCGUCGCAUUCAUGUGGCAGUUCUCGCAGGCCAACGAGUGGGACGCUCUCACCGAGGAGAUCGAGGUGCCCAAUGCCUGUCUCUCGCGCGGCACGAAGCGCCGUGUGUCUCUUGACCCGCCCGGUCGUCCCACUGUCAACGUCACAAUGCACGGCGUCAACGGCGGGUACGAGUCGUGCAAGCGCACUAUCGAGCUCAUGAUGGGCAAGGAUGCGCUGUGCAAGGUGGAGCCAUGCAGCUUCAACGGCGUGUACCAGCCUGCUCUUAUCGACCACUUUCCUCAGGGCAACUUCCUCGCACUCUCGUACUUUACCGACCGGAUCAAGCCGCUCCUCGCGGCCAAGACCGAUAAACUCACGCUCAAGGACCUGAAGGGUAUUGCGUUGGACGUUUGUGACGGUCCUACGUCGUGGAAGAAGCGUUGGGAAGACAACAAGGAGGCGAUGGACGAGCUCGAGGACCGGCCGGAGUACUGCCUCGACCUGACAUUCAUGGUUGGCCUGCUCGGACUCGGAUAUGAGAUCCACGAUGAGCGCACCCUGCUCGUGGAGAAGCAGCUGCGUGGCGUCGAGCUCGGUUGGGCACUCGGCGCUGGCCUCGCCCUCGUGGAGAAGGCCGACCUCAAGUGCGUGGUGUAA